ACGCCAUCACCCCCACACAGCCCAGCCAUAUCAUCCUCCAGCCGAGUGGCGCUGGUCACUGGGGCCAACGGGGGCAUUGGCUUGGCCAUCGUGCGCAGCCUGUGCCAGGAGUUCUCAGGGGACGUGGUGCUCACGGCGCUGGACGCAGCACAGGGUCAUGCGGCCGUGCAGCAGCUGCAGACGGAGGGCCUGAGCCCGCGCUUCCACCUGCUGGACAUCUGCAACCCGCAGAGCAUCCGGGCCCUGCCGGACUUCCUACUCAAGGAGUAUGGGGGACUCGACGUCCUGGUCAACAAUGCGGUAAUCGCCAUUAAGGGCAGAGUGGUGAAUCUCUCUAGCACACUGAGCUUGGUUGCCUUUAAAAACUAUAGCCCAGAACUGCAGCAGAAGUUUACAAGUGAGACCAUCACAGAGGAGGAGCUGGUGGGGCUCAUGAAGAAGUUCGUGGAAGUUACAAAGAAUGGAGUGCACUUGAAGAAGGGCUGGCCUCCUGUGAUUUUUCCCUAUGCAGUGUCAAAGGUCGGCCUCACAGUCCUGUCCAGAAUCCAGGCCCGGAAACUGAGUGAGCAGAGGACAGGGGACAAGAUACUCCUGAAUUCCUGCUGUCCCGGUUGGGUCAGAACUGACAUGGGGGGACCCAAGGCCUUGAAAAGCCCAGAGGAAGGAGCAGAGACCCCCGUGUACUUGGCCCUUUUGCCAUCAAAUGUUGAAGGCCCUCAUGGAGAGUUUAUUUUGGAGAAUAAUGUUGUACAAUGGGAACCUUGUGUAGAGCUGCCUGCAUGGCUGGAAGUAUGUGGUACGCUGUGAUUGACGAAAAGGACAUGAAUACUGUCAAAAAUAUCCCAGCUCAAAACACAAUAAGAAUGAUGGAGUACACACUGUAAGUGGGAUAUCAAUUCUGUGAAGUCUUUAGUAAUUCAUCUGUGAUAAAAGGGAUCAAAAAGUAGAAAGAUGAUACUAAUUAAUGAACAUCUCACAUGAAUAAAUGGUUCUUCACAAAUGUCUGUUUGUGCUGAUUAUUCACAUGCCAACCAGCUCAGGGAGCUAAUGACCUAAAGGUUAGGCCAACAUAAGGGACAGGAUUACUCAGGGGUCAGCAAACAGUGUAGAAUGAGCCAGACAGAAAUGACAUUCAGCUUUGCAGGCUACAUGGAACAGGCCUGAUGCCUAGGUCACCAACCUUGCGUAUUAUAACCUGCAGGAAACCAAGGAGAGAAUGCAUAGGUGUGCUUUCUUUAACACCAAACUGUUUGAGGCAAAAACUGUAGCAAAGUGUAAAUUCUGAGGGGGCCUUUGUAAGAAAUAUACAUCCAUGAAGGAAUCUGAGGUAAUUUGGGGAAGUAUGAGCAUGGACUGGGUCCAACUUUCAUAAUUAUUUUUCAUUAGACAUAUGCAAACUUAUUAGAAAGGAAAGUGAUGGCCCUUGAAGCAAGGGUAGGGCCCUGAUUUUUAAAAGGGAUGUUGACCUUGCAAGUUUCAGCCUCAACAGGGCUGUGAAUUUCCUUUCCCUAACUUGUUUGUCUAAACUGAUAUUGGAGUAAAAUAAAUUUCUAUGUUAGGACCUUUGCAUCCCCGCCUCUGGUCUGUAAAUGUGUUCUGUUAUCAUAAAAAAUCUAUUUUUUCUCCAUAGCUUAAAUAUGAUAGCUUAUUACAUGUAGCAUUUCUUGACUUUGACAUGGAACAGAACCAAUAAAUUUGAUAUUUUGCAGAUUUAGGGAUUAUAGAAUCACGAAAUGAAACCACCAAUCAUCGGUCUGGCACAGUUAGAGCUCAUACAUACCCCUCCCACCUGGAGCACACCUGGACUCCCACCAGGGCAUGAACCCUGCCCACAGUGAAAGUCUAAUCACAGGGCCUAUUUUCUCUAACUCUCCUUCUUGGGUUUCUCUUAAGGAAGCACAAAGAUCAUUUUCGUCCCCAGAAACAGUUAACCUAUUCAAGUCACUGCAUCUUAGGGAAACCAAAUCCAUUCUGCAGGGAGAUGGGCCCACAGCCAAGCCAAUGACUCGCGGUUCCUCUUUCUCCUCUGAUCCCCUCCCAAAACACUUUCAGCUGAACUGCCUAGGAUCUCCACUGUACACCGAGCCUUCGCUAGCAUGUGCUGGUUUGGGGUAGCAUGCCUGUCCACCUCUAUACCCAGAUCAUAUGAGUGCUGUGCCCAGGUUUGUCCAAGGUGCCUAUGUAGAAGUCAGUCAAGAGUUUUUCCAUUAGGAACCUUCUGGAACAUUCUGACUAUAACUCCCAGGAGGAGAUAUUUUCCUAGUCUGGGGCAAUUCACCUUUGAAACCAAAAGCAGUCAAAGGGAGAAAUAAAGUGGGAGAAACCCUUCUAUUGCUUACAAGCAGCCUUCCACUUCUACUCACCCAUGUCUCUCAUGACCCAGCUGCAAAAAGGGGUGCCACACAACCUCUCCAGUCCAGAUAUGCCCUAGUUCUCCUGUAACUACCCAUUGUAUGGAGAUGGACUACUUCUCUCCACCUUUUGGAAACACCUGUUGAUGUGGAGAUGCCCUGAGGCCGGGCUGGAGACUACAGAAAUGUUGUAAUUUUACCCACAGCAUACCCAUCCAGAAAUCUUGCCUC